CGACAGGUCUCUGUAAUCGUGGUCGAAAGUGCAGGGAUAUACGACGCAAUCACCCGACGUACACGAUUGCAAAUUGAAGUUGGCUUUCAUCACAUGUCACGCGAUGCUACAGAACGUGAUCCUCUUCUUCAAGCCACAAUUCUGGCGGACGAGAGUAGGACGAAGGGAAAGAUAGAAAAGACACGCAUAGGUCCUCUUGAGCUCUCAAGGUCUACUCGGUAUGGCAUCUUGGCGGGAAUAUGGACAGCAACUUUCGUUUCGGCCUUGAAUCAGACUCUUGUGCCCACAAUGAUCCCUUCGAUAUCAUCGGAAUUCAAGAAAUCCAAUCAAGCAAGUUGGCUAGGCACAUCAUAUCUCUUGGCCACAUGCACGUUUACUCCUCUGUACGGACGUCUAUCAAAUGUCUUGGGUCGAAGGGGGGCCAAUCAAACUGCUUUGCUGUUUUGUGGUCUCGGGGUGCUCAUGUGUGGUUUGUCGACGAACAUGUAUAUGUUAAUUGCCGCAAGAUUUCUCGCUGGGAUGGGGGGCGGAGGCUUAUUUACGACAUCGUCGAUCAUUGUCGGUGACAUGUACAGCAUGCGGAGCCGUGGUUUGACUCAAGGCGUCCAAAGUAUAUUUAAUGGACUCGGAUUAGGUUUCGGCGGCCCUCUUGGUGGCAUUAUCACCGACUGGCUAGGUUGGAGAUGGGCAUUUUUAAUCCAGAUGCCUUUGUUUCUAAUUUCCUACAUUCUCACUUCAUACAAUCUGGACUACGUUACCGAGGGUAAAGGCAAAACUGCAAAGGAGGUCCUGAAACGGAUUGAUUACGGCGGAAGUUUUUCUCUUCUCAUGACGGUUGGGGCGCUCCUCUUAUUUUUGAGUGCCAAAUAUAAUGCGUCACUGCCUUGGUCGCACCCAUAUGUGAUAGGCUGUCUCGCGUCAUCUGCGAUAUUUGCUUUCGCCUUUGUUCUAUUGGAAUUUUUUGUGGCGCCAGAACCCGUUUUGGCACCACACCUCCUCAAACAAAAGAUUCCAGUUCUCAUUGGAAUGUCGAACUUUCUGGUGGCGCUGUGCAACUUUACCGUAAUGUACUACUUUCCUAUGUGGUUUCAAACGGUCAUGAAGACCAAGGCAUCCGUCGCUGGAUUACACCUUCUCCCGAACAGUAUUUCUAUGUCCAUGGGCUCCCUUUUUGCUGGACUGAUGAUGCAUGCGACGGGAAGAUACAAGAUGAUUAACCUGAUUUUUGGAGCGUUCCCAUUCUUAGGAGCGUGCCUUAUAUACCUCAUACACAAGGAUUCCGGCCCUAUUCAAUCAUGGUUUAGCAUUAUGCCCCUCGGAUUCGGUAACGGCGUUGUCCUGCAAACGAUGCUGAUCGCGCUUCUCGUACACAUACCUGAAAAUCAGAUGGCAGUAGGUACCGGAUUUUCCCAACUCUUCCGGGGUGUUGGUCAAGUUGGUGGCGUGGCCAUCUCUUCGGCAAUUUUUCAAUCAAAUCUCGAGACCCAGUUGCGGAGACAGAUCCAUACACCUGACUCAGAGGACCUUAUCAGGAGAAUUCGACAGUCGUUCCGCUUCGUAGAUACCCUAACUCCAGACCUUCAAAAGAUCGCGAAUGACUCCUAUGGGGUCAGCCUGAAAUCUGUCUUUUUAUUUGCCGCUGUUUCAACAUUGCUCUCGUACCUCGUGCGCUUACCCGUACCAGAUAAAAUUCUGGAACAUACGCCAAGGCAGCCUCGACGCGUCACAGACGCCGAUGUGCCGUCUGAGGUUUCCCCCUCGUCAAUUUCCGUAGAAGAGAACGUGGAUGAUGAUGACUCCCAAAUUCAGACGAACCCUAGCGAGAGAAACCCUCCACGAAGACGGUUGUCCGCUUAUGAACCUAACGACGCGGUGAUAGACCUUGAGAGCGACAUUGUGGGUGGCUCCGCCAGGCCGACCACGUAAAGGGCACUCCAUAGGGUAUUUCUUGGUUUUCACCGGACCUUUUGACAUAUCAUCUCCUUAUCUAUACCUCCUUAUACCAACCCACGUUUGCGUGUCGAGGGUGAUCUUUAGAUUCCGUUCAUGUUAUUGUGUUUCAAUUAGAAUGUGUAACGCACCGUGG